AUGCAGCCAGACCGGGGAGCAGCAGCCCACACCAUCGUGGCGGCUCUCCUGCUCCUGCUGAUGGGGGGUGCCCGCGCCCAGAGCAACGGGAGCGACCUGGGGUUUGACUACUUGCUGCUGGCGAGGAUGUGGCCCGCCACCUUCUGCGAAAGCACCAAGUGCGACCAGCCGACGUACAACCUCUUCACCAUCCACGGCCUGUGGCCCAACAGCGCCAGCGGCGACGACCCCGUCGACUGCGACAAGAGCGACGCGUUCAGCCGAGACCUGCUGACCCCGGAGCAGCUGGGGCGGAUGUCUUGCGAGUGGAAGAGCUUCAAAGGCUCCAACAACGGCUUCUGGUCUCACGAGUGGUCCAAGCACGGCACCUGCGCCAAGCCGCUGUUCCAGAACGAGAGCGGCUACUUUGGGGCGGCGCUGGCGCUGAGCGAGCAGUACGACCUCAACGAGGCUCUCGCCAGCAACGGCCUCAACCCGCUGGCGGCGACGGCCGCCACCCAGGCGCAGGUGCAGGGCAUAUUGGAGAAGGAAUGGGGCGUGACGCCCAUACUGACCUGCUACAAGGGGGCGCUGCAGGAGGUGCGCAUGUGCUUUGGCACAGACCUCAAGCCCAUCGACUGCCCCGGCGGCGGCGGCUCCUGCUCCUCCAAGGGAGCCCUGGACCUGCCCUACGGAGGAGAGAUGCCCCCCGUGUGUGCCUCAUACUUUGACGGCGUGCCCAGUGCUAGCAACGUGGCGGCGCCCGCCACCGGCAGCUCGCCCUCGCCGCCGCCGCCGCCCUCGCGCGGCGGCCGGCCGGCCCCCGGCGCCGCGGCGGCGCUCCUGCUGGCGGCGGCGGCGGCGGCGCUGGCGGCGCUGUGA